AAUGAACAUGGUAGACCAUACCCACAUAUAUGCAAGUGAAAAUUGGAGCAUCUUUCCAAUUUUAUCAUAUUUGUUUAUCCAAACUUAUUGAAUCUUUGGAGAAAGAGAACCAUGAUGCGAAGGGAGGGAUCAUCAACUUUUCUUGUUUCUGUGUUGAUCUUCCUGUUCAUCGGUGAAAUUCAAGCAACAAAGCUUCAAGAAAAUUGCUCUACUUCAUGUGGAGACAUCAAUAACAUAAGCUAUCCUUUUCGCCUCAAGGGCGAUCCAGCAAUUUGUGGUGAUCCCAACUUCCAACUUUCAUGCCAAAGCAACAAAACCAUCCUGGAAUUUCCUUCCGCUGGAAGGUACUAUGUGAAGGAGAUUUCAUAUAAAGAAAACAUAAUCAGAGUUGUCGAUGUUAACUUAGGCACUGGAACCUGCGGUCUUCCCAGUGGAUCUCUGAUAGAGGGGUAUAUAUGGAACCUGCGGUCUUCCCAGUGGAUCUCUGUCAGAGGACUACAACUCGACGGUUACUACGGUUAUGCUAGAUUUUCUCGGUGCUCUCAGAGGAUUAAUGACACGAGCUUUACAGCAAUUCCUUGCUUGAGUGAAAAUCAAUCUUAUUUUUAUGUUACUAUUAAUAUGAGAUAUAUGAGAUAUCAGUAUCCGUUUUGCUCGUACGGAGAAGUUACUCCUAUUUUAUGGUGGCAUGAACUGAUGAGUAAUAAGACGGUUCCAUAUGAAACCAUCAGCAAGAGUCUGCAGUCAGGUUUCAAUCUGACAUGGUACUUUGAUGAUGCUUGCCGCUCAAUAGUAGGGACAGAAAUAUAUUAUAAUUCUUGCAGAAAAUUAGAUUUUAAAACUCGAUUGUAUCAUUUCAUUCAGUACUUGGGGGAAAUUAUAUAUGAUCUACUCUAUGAAAGCAUUUUGUGGACGCGUGAAUUUUUCGCGGCAUGUAAAUCAGGUUUCAAGGAUUAUUAUUUCGACAUAAGAUACCUCCCUGGAGGGCUUCUUCAUGUGGUGGUUCCAGUUGUUCUUAUUUGCAGAUUUAUUGGUGCACCAAUAGUAUUAAUCGUGUACCUCAUCUGCAAAUAUAGAAAAACAAGACAGACAGUUGAUAAUGUGGAGAAAUUUCUGCACAAUCAGCAGUCCUGGAUGCCUAAAAGGUAUGCAUAUGCAGAGCUAAUAGCCGUGACAAACAAUUUUAAAGAAAAACUGGGUCAAGGUGGGUUUGGAUCGGUUUACAGAGGACAACUUCAUAAUGGUUCCUUAAUUGCAGUCAAAAUGCUAGAAAAUUCUAAGUUUAGUGCAGAAGAAUUCAUCAAUGAAGUCUCCACAAUUGGUAGAAUUCACCACGUUAAUAUAGUGCAAUUAGUUGGAUUCUGUUCAGAAGAGUCUAAACGUGCCCUUGUGUAUGAGUAUAUGCUAAAUGGAUCUCUCGAUAAGCAUAUAUUUUCCAAGCCCGACAAAUCUCUAUCAUUUAGUUGGGACAAGCUAUGUGAAAUCGCUCUUGCAAUUGCUCGUGGGAUCGAGUAUCUACAUAGGGGAUGUGAUGUAUGCAUUCUUCAUUUUGACAUUAAGCCUCACAAUAUAUUGCUAGACCAAAAUUUCAUCCCUAAAGUCUCUGAUUUUGGGCUUGCAAAAUUUUACCCAAGGGAAAAUGAUUUUGUGUCUAUUAGUGCUACAAAAGGAACGAUAGGAUACAUAGCUCCUGAAUUGAUUUCAAGGAAUUUCGGAAAGGUUUCUAACAAGUCAGAUGUCUAUAGCUUUGGAAUGCUACUGCUGGAAAUGGUUGGAGGCAGAAAAAAUUCUGAUAUGAGAGUAACUAGUUCAAGCAAAGCCUACUUCCCCUCCUGGGUAUAUGAUCAAAUCAAUAGUGGUGAAGAUUUAGAGCUUCAACAUGUCACUGGACAUGAAAUUGUGAUUGCCAAAAAACUUUGUCUAAUUGGGUUAUGGUGCAUACAAGUUAAGCCUUCAGAUCGUCCCUCAAUUACAAAAGUAAUUGAAAUGUUAGAAGGAAACAUUGAGGACUUGCAAUUACCUCCCAAACCCUUUUUUUUUUCUUCCUCUCCUGAGAAUGUUUCUAUGAGGGUGAUUCAAUCAGACUAUUCAACCGAUUGGUCAUUAUCUGAAUCAACAGAAGAAUACUCAUGCAAAAUUAAUGUAGCUUAAUUAGUUGUUGCAAUGAUGUGUAGAGGUAAAAUAAAACCUACGUUUGUUUGUAAUAUCGUCAUGUAGGCUUCUACUCUGGUUGUAUGAGUUUCUGAAAUUCAUGAUGUCGUUUGAAUGA